GAACAAGUCAAGCAAAAAGGUGACUUUGUGGCAGGCAAACAGCUGGGAAAGCCGCGGCCGCUAAAGAACAAACGGGAACGUUGGACUUCCUUGAAGCAGGAGCGGCUGCUCAUCAGAAGGUGGGAGUGGAGGCCGCUGCAGGCCGGCGCACCUGCAGCCGGUUGUCUCCGACGCCGUUAAAUGCGGCGCAGCCUGCGGAGGAGACAGGAGCCUGGCCGCGGGCUCAGCCAGAGGAGAUGGAGAUGCAGUUGCCUGAGGUGCCCAUGGUGCACAUCUUCUCCUUCCUGGACGCCGCCAGCUUGCUGCGGGCGGGCCAGGUGAGCAAGGUGAGUGCUCCCGUCUCCCCCCUCCCCGCCCCCUCCGCGGCUCUGUCUGAAGUGACCACACUGAGACCCCUCCCCUUGCUCCCUUGGCUCCCCCAGCAUCACACAAACGGCCUUCCUUCGUUCCUCAACUUGACCUUGUUCAGAAAGCUGUGCCAGAGGAGGUGGAGAAUCUCCUGGGGGGGCCUGCAGGUGCCCUCGUGGAAGCAGCUCUUCCUCACCCACAGCAGGCGCGAGCGCUGCAUGAUGCGGGCCCGGCGGCAGGACUUUGCCUACAAGGAGUCCACGGACAGCCUCGGACUCUUGAAGCCUGUGGCGUAUUUCUCAGGAAGUGACCCCUCCAUGGGUGAUCAGAAGCCAAUCGUUUGCGCGGUGUCUUCCAAGUGCAUGCUCUGCGCCUGGGACGUGCAGGAGGGCCUCAUGAUCUGGUGCAGCCCCGCCCAGCCAUCCGGCAUCAAGUGCCUGGCCACCCUGCCGGAGAGGUCGCUUGCGUUCACGGGGGAUGCACUGGGAACCAUCAAAGUGUGGAACUGUCAGGAUGAGGACCCUCUGGCGACGCUCACCUUGCCCUCAAGCUGCACUUCCAUGGAGGUCUUCCUCACGGAUGAUGACAGCCCGGUCCUAAUGAUCGGUGACUCUGAAGGGGACAUCCACACACUGACGGUGCCCGAGUUACAGAGUGUUUCUUGCGUGAAUGCGUUUGAGUGCCCUGUGUUCUGUCUGUACUGCUCUCCCAACAAGAAGUGGAUCUUUGCCUCUGGGACCCACGAGUUCAUAUUGCCAAAGGUGUUUUUCACGGACAGCUUACUGAGACCACCCUUCGGCACGAACGCUCUGUUCGUCACUUUCCUGAUGACAUUUUGCACCCAAGUCUCCUGGGCCCUGAAGCGCGCAAACAGGCUGACAGUCAUGUUACGAAAAGAAUUUUUCGGAAGGGUAGAAUUCUCCACCCUUGAUAUGACUGCUGAGAGCCCUGGGGGCAGCACCACCGUCAGCGGCCGUGAGAUUGCAAGCUUCAUCCUGGAAGAUAAUAUAGAUGCUCCGCAAUGCAUGGGAGCCUGUGAUGGAACCACAGUUGUCUUUGAUAGCGGGCCAUACCUGCUUCUUGUCACCAUCGAUGGCUACCUGCUGCAAAAAUUUCACCACCACCAGAAUGUCAUCUGCUCUUUAUGGAUGGACCCUGUCCACGUCCUCACCACAUCCAUGGAUAACUACCUGCACCUGUACAUGUGGGAAGAGGGAGCCUUUCACCCGCGCCUUCAGAGCUGCUGUCACCUGGAGCAGAGAAAGGAUGACAUGAGGCUGAACUGGUAAGCCCUGCUUUGUAACUUAAACUCUCCCUGACAAUUUUCAAUGUCUACAUUAAACAGAU